GGAGAGGCUCACAAUGGCUGGAUUGAUGUAACCUGGGAUGCUGGCGGCUCUAACUCUUACCGUAUGGGCGCUGAAGGGAAGUUUGACCUCAAGCUUGCUCCAGGGUACGACCCUGAGUCGGCUGCCACAGCGCCGUCACCCAAACCUGUCUCAUCCACUGUUUCAGGCCCCGCCUCCACCACGGUGGGACCCUCUGUGACGCAGGCAGCGAGCGGCAGCGGUACCACCACCACCACCUCAUCAUCUUCCUCCUCCACAUCGUCAUCCUCGCUUCAGCAGUCAUGGAGCAGUCUGGUUAAAAAUAACUGUCCUGAUAAGGGCGGGGCCUCAUCGCUUGGGGGUGCCAGCUCCUCCAGCAGAAAGGGGAGCAGCAGCUCUGUCUGCAGUGUCGCCUCCUCCUCUGACAUCAGCCUAAGUUCCUCCGCUGGUUUUCCAGGUGCAGGAGGUCUGCGACUGGAGAGAAGAACUGACGGGCUAGUGCUUGACCAAGGAACCGGGAUAGGAGGAGUAAUGGGAGGCGGGGUUGGCUCUGAUGGACAUCAGCAAGAGCCAAUUGUCGUUCUGUCCUCUGCAGAAGAGGGCGGAUCUGGUUCAGCAUCCAGCUCAGGCACACUUACUGGUGAUGCAUCCACCACAGCAGAUGAAACCAGAAACAAAGACUCAUCCACAGCAAUGGCCACCACUGACCCCGCAACAGCAAUCUCCAUGGGGCUAGUGAGCGUGAGCUCCCCUGAUGUCAGCUCGGUGUCGGAGUCAUCUAGCAAGGACACGCCUUCCCAGAGGCCUAUGUGCUCGGUGGCUAAUGCCCGGCUAUCGGUCAGCUCCCUCUUGGCUGCCGGCGCUCCCAUGAGCUCCAGUGCCAGCGUCCCUAAUUUGUCAUCUCGCGAGGCCAGCUUGAUGGAGUCCUUCGUCCGCCGCGCACCCAACAUGUCGCGCACCAAUGCCACAAAUAACAUGAACCUGAGCCGCAGCAGCAGCGACAACAACACCAACACGCUGGGCAGAAACGUCAUGAGUACUGCCAGUGAGUACAGCAGGAUUACUGCACUAAUACUACAAUAUUCUUACAACAUACCAUUAAAAGACUGCCCUUAA